AUGGCAUCUGAUAAGCAGAGCUACAGAGCAGGAGAAGCCCAAGGCCGAGCUGAGGAGAAGACUGGUAGAGUGACUGAUACCAUGAAGGAGAAGGCCAGGGACGCCAAGGACAAGACAUCUGAGACAACCCAACAAGCCAAAGAGAAGACUUCACAGAAGGCCCAAGAUGCAAGAGAAAAGUCAGCAGAGACUACCGAGUCUGCCGAGCAGAAGGCCCAGGAAAGCAAGGAGAAGACCAAGGGCGUUCUGGAGCAAACUGAGGAGAAAGUGAUGCAGAUGGCUGAGAGUGCUAAAGAUACAGUCAAGCAUACUCUUGGUAUGGGUGGCCCUGGUGAGGAUGAGGACAUCUAUACCAGGAGAGAUGAGACAGAGGAUCCUGCUGGUUAUAAGAACACCACUACACAUAAGGAGACCAAGCUCUUGAGAAGACUGUUGGACAACCGCUCCACUCAAAGUGACGAAUCAUCCUGUGCAACGAAAAUGAAAGUGAUACCAAAAAAGGAGCGGCUGCUUUCAUGCGGGUUAAAUGAGCCCCUAAUCCUAGGACACCAUCAACUGUCAAAUGUUGUCAAAAACGGCAACCAAAAUCAGGCUUGA